CGAAAGAUUUUCGCUUCAGCCAGAGCCCAAAAUCGAGUCCGCUUAAGGACCGUCGGGUUCGUCGAUCUCUCUCUCUCUCUCUCUCUCUCUCUCUCUCUGCGUGAGAAGUUGGGCCUCUGCAUCUGCGUUAAAAUAAAUUGCAUGUUGAGUGAAUUGCAGAGGUGAAUCCGACGACUUCCAUAUCCACCAACGACAACGGUUCUUCCUGAAACUAAUUGGGUGCGAGGAGAUGGCAUUGAUGGUGAAGUAAACUUCAAACACGUUCUCUUCUUCUCGCUCAUUCGCACCUGACAGGAGUGAUGCAUCCACUCUUCCGCCUGGUGCGCCGCACCAGCACCCUCCUUCCCCACUUUCCUUCAACGCGCUUCUUUGUCGGUGCUGCUUCAGGAGACCCCGAGUUCCAGCCCUCGAAGAUCAAGAUCUUCGACCGGGAUCUCAAGAGGAAGCAACGUGAUCGAGCAGCAUGGUUGAUGGGGAGCAAAGAUGCCUUAGUCGAUGCGGUUGCAGAAAACCUUCUGGAUCGAUUGCAGGACUGUAAACGAUCAUUUUCCACUGCACUGUGCUUGGGAGGAUCCUUAGCAGCUGUGAGACGUACGCUCCAUGGACGUGGUGGGGUUCAAGAGCUUUUUAUGAUGGAUAUGUCAUAUGACAUGAUCAGAAAGUGCAGAGAUGUUGAAGGUGCAUGUGAUUCUACUAUGAAAACAUUCUUUCUUGUGGGCGAUGAAGAAUUUUUGCCAUUUAAGGAAAGCUCUUUAGAUUUAAUUGUAAGUUGUUUGGGGCUUCAUUGGACUAACGAUCUUCCUGGAGCCAUGAUACAAAGUAGAUUAGCUUUGAAGCCUGACGGACUAUUUUUGGCUGCUAUUCUGGGAGGAGAAACACUUAAGGAGCUAAGAAUUGCAUGUACUGUGGCACAAAUGGAAAGGGAGGGGGGUAUCAGUCCUCGAAAUUCUCCUCUAGCACAGGUUAGGGAUGCUGGUAAUCUGUUGACAAGAGCAGGUUUCACUCUUCCAGGUGUUGAUGUUGAUGAGUAUGUUGUCAGAUAUGAUAGUGCUUUGGAGCUCAUUGAGCAUCUUCGGGAAAUGGGGGAAACAAAUGCACUCUUGCAGAGAAAUCAUAUUUUAAAGAGAGAAACUGCUUUGGCAACUGCUGCUGUUUACCAGUCCAUGUUUGCAGCUGAGGAUGGGACUGUCCCAGCGACAUUUCAGGUCUUUUACAUGACUGGCUGGAGAGAACAUCCUUCUCAGCAGAAGGCUAAAAGGAGAGGUUCUGCAACUGUCUCCUUUGAAGACAUUAAGAAACAUUUUGGUUCUGACUCGACUGUGGAUGGUCCUGGUUAAUGCUGCUCUACUCUUCCUGUUACUGCAAAUAUUCCUUGCAGCAAGUUCAGUUUUAGGUACUAAUAUUUGUGUAAUCUGAAUGCUUUAGUUCAAAAAUAUGAUGCAAAAUGUGCAUACGAAUCCUGUAUCAAAUUGCAGUUGGUUAGUAAUGGCCUUGUUCAGCUCUAAGUGGUUUCGGUUGGGGUUCAGGUAUGUGAUUUAUAUUUUCAUGGAGUAGAGCUUUUACAACACCACACUUCCAAGGAGAAAGGGCCAUGGCGACGACCACAACAGCAUUGGAUUUUCCUGUCACGGGUUUAAGUGAAUCACGUUGUUUCACCUCUUUUUCAAAGAAUAGCCACAUGUACAUGUCAGUCUGGUAAUUUAGGCAACUUAAGUUUGAA